AUGGCAGCACCGCUAGACUUCAGCCUCCCAACAGCCUUGAUCCUAAUUGAUAACCAAGCCGCUUUCUGCCAUGAACCAACAAUCUCACACUGGGGCACCACACGCUCCAACCCAUUCUACGAAGUCAACCUCCAAGCACUCCUCACUGCAUUCCGGACUGCAAAGUCUACCUCUCCUUCUUCUAUCCUUGAAGUCAUUCACAUCUUCCACUCAUCCACAACCCCAGGAUCACCACUCCACCCCUCCCACCCCGCACAGGGAACCCGCCCGCUAGACUUCGCGACUCCUGCAUCGGAUGGGUCGGAGCCUGUGUACUGGAAAAGUGUCAACUCGUCUUUUAUUGGGACGGAGCUUGAAACGCAUCUGCGUGAGAAGGGGUUCCGUCAACUCAUUAUUGCCGGUUUGACGACUGAUCAUUGUGUUUCGACUACUGUGCGCAUGGCGUCUAAUUUGGGGAUUGUGGAUCGGUAUGUCGGGGACGGUCCUGUUAGGUUGAGGGCGGAUGGGAGCCAUGAGAAGGAGGUUGAGGUUGAUAAGGGACGGAUUGUCCUUGUUGCUGAUGCUACUGCUACUUUUGGGAAGGCCGGGAUUGAUUCAGAGACUAUUCACAAGGUUACUGUUGCUAGUCUUGAUGGGGAAUUUGCUGAUGCUUUUGGGACGGAGGAGGUUGUGAAGGCUUUGAGGAGGGUUAAGAAAUAG